CCAUCUUCGUCUUGGAAGGCCGGAGUCAAAGCAUGACAAUCAGAUUCCAUAUCAAAGUUGCAAAAUUGAAGGGAGAAGAAGAUCCAACCGAUGAUUGUUGCUUGAGCUUCUGCCUAGAGCGGUGUGGUGAUUCCUCCACCCGCUGCACAAGAUCUUCCAAUUACAGCAUCCGGGAAUUCAAUUUAAACUUCCCUGAAGGAGAUUCGAGUGUCGGGUGUCAUGACAAAUGCGCCAAUAAUCCUUACGUUGGAUUGUGACAUGUACUCCAAUAAUCCUUCAACGCCUAAACGGGCUUUGUGUUAUUUUAUGGACUCUUCUGUGCGGCCACAUUUGGGUUAUGUUCAGUUUCCUCAACGGUUUCAUGGGCUCAACAAGGCUGACAUAUAUGGAAGUGAGCACAAACAUCUUUUCCAGAUCAACACAAUGGGAAUGGACGGCUUCUCAGGCCCAAAUUAUUAUGGGACUGGAUGUUUCUUCCGGCGCAGAACAUUCUUUGGCGGCCCAUCUGAUUUUGUCCAGCCUGAAAUUCCAGAAUUAAGUCCGAAUUAUACUGUGAAAAAUUCCCUCCAGUCUUGUGAAAUUUUAGAGCUUGCAAAUAAAGUAGCAAGUUGCAAUUUUGAGGAUGAGAGUGGAUGGGGUUCCAAGAUGGGAUUCAAAUAUGGAACCAUAGUCGAGGACAUUUAUACCGGCUACCGACUUACAUGUGAAGGAUGGAAUUCGGUGUAUUGCAACCCAAAGAGGCCAGCUUUUCUUGGUAACAUACCCAUUUCUCUAAGUGAUAUGCUAAGCCAGCAAAAGCGAUGGGGUGUUGGCCUUUGCGAAGUGGCUUUCUCAAAAUAUUCUCCACUCACAUAUGGCACUCACACAGCUGGCUUCAUAAUGGGCUAUUGUUACACUCACCUUGCUUUUUGGCCAAUUUGGUGCAUUCCGGUGACUAUAUAUGCUCAUCUCCCUCAACUCUGUCUUCUCAAUGGAAUUCCCCUUUUCCCAAAGGCAUCAGAUGUGUGGGUUCUUGUAUAUGUUUCCCUCUUCAUCGGAGCAUACACACAAGACUGUUUCGACUUCAUAUCGACCGACGGGACAUUGCAAAGGUGGUGGAGCAACCAAAGGGUGUGGCUUAUGAGGGCAUUAUCUUGCUACUUAUUUGCAGGCGCCGAGUUCAUAAGCAAACAACUAGGCAUAGCCACACAAGGCUUCAACUUGACAAGUAAAGUGGUGGACAAAGAGCAAGAAAAAUGUUACAAGAAUGGCGUUUUUGAGUUCGGGGUAGCAUCGCCUUUGUUUGUGCCUCUAGCAACCGCUGCAAUCAUCAAUGCCGCUGCGUUCCUGAAAGCGGUUAGGGAGAUAAUGAUCCUAAAAGGGGAGUUUUUGGACAUGUUCAUGGUUCAGAUAUUUCUUGCUGGCUAUGGAGUUUUGAAUGCUUGGCCAUUUUAUCAGGGGAUGGUGUUUAGAAGGGACAAAGGAAGAAUGCCAUUGAAGACUACCCUCGUUUCAAGUGGUAUCUCCGUGGCUAUUUACACUUUGUUUUGUUUUUUUCUCUCAUGAAAACAUUUAAAAAUAUAAGAUAACAUUUUUU